AUGGCGUACUUCUUACCAUCAUUUUUUCAAAAGCGACUGCUCAAAUAUGCCUUGUCCCGCCUUGGGCUCGUUGAUACCGAGGCCUUGGACCCUGACAACCUGGGGAUUCGUUGGGGGCAGCGAAGUACCGUGGAGUUGCGAGAUAUUGGCUUGAAGCUAGAGAAAUUAGCGACUCUUUUAAACCUUCCGCCGACAUGCGAACUGCUCAGUGCUCGGAUACAGUAUCUCAGGAUCACCGUUCCAGCGGACAUUUACAGUAGUGGGAUAAUCUGCGACGUCAACGGGAUCAAUGUGCAUCUACGCUGCUUGUCGGAUGAACCAUCAACGGGAAGGCAUGGAAAAACAAGGUCCCAGCUCUCAUCUGCCCUGGGGUUACAUGGAUCUGCGGAGGAACAGAGUCUACCGACACCAUCCAACCUCGCUGAGUCGUUCCUGGAAACGGAACCCAAGGAAGAAAAAGAAGAACUUCAAGCCGCUCUUUCAUCAAAAUCCCAUGCCUUCCAACGAAGCCCGUCAUUUACUGAGGACGAUGAAGAGGAACUUGGACUCGGAAGUGAUACACUUUCCUUGCCGAGCUUUGUCGCUGGGUUCUUGAAAGGCGUGGCAGAUCGGUUGCAGCUGAAAAUCAAAGAUGUUUCUGUGCGUAUGGAUAUGGAGUUGAAGCAAGACGCCCCCUCUAAGAGACAGCCUGAAGACAAGCCAGAUCUUGUCGCAGGGCUAUUGAGUGUGAGAGAGAUAGAAGUGCAUGGGGUUUCUGGACUCACCGCUAGCCCGGAUGAGCCCUUGCCACUUCGAGAGGGGAAGCGGCUGAUAUCGCUGACCAAUAUCAGCGUUGGCCUUGUAUCAGAUCCAGUCGUCUUCGCCAACUACUCACGAUUCACCGCACCUGCAUCUCCGACCACCACAAUGCAGUCGAAAGAGAGCCAGGCAUCAAGUAGAGCACCCUCACCCCCUCUAUUGGAUUCUCCUGGCUCGGAGUCAGCGCUUGCCAUGACACGGUCCACUAUAUUUGACCCACCGCCCGCAUUUAGUCGUGCUAGUCUUGACGGCAAUGAAAUGGACGUCUCAGCUGUAUUCUCUCACGAUGGACGUUUCUCAGAUGCAGAUUCUGAGGCAGAUCACCAAAUCGGUCACUAUCCUGAUGACUCUCAGGUUUUUGGAAACCAUGAUCCAUUUCACGAUAACCCUGGAUAUUUGGAUUCGGUAAUUGACGCUCAGUCUGAUGACUUUGAUGUGGAGUCACCUGAAAUGAGACAUUCAGAUCAGCAAGUAGAUGAGUUACCCAAUAGUGCUCUUUUUCAUAGCCAUUCAUUUAACGGCAAUGAGGAGCCAGAAGAUCAUGGGCAUUUCGAGCCUGAACAAUUUUAUACGCACCCAGAAAGUCUUCGUGGGUAUCAAGCUUUCGAAUCGCUACCGGGAAACCAACAAGAAUCCGCAGCUGACGACAUGACCCGGUCAACACACUGGUCUUCCCAUAUUGAAGAAAGGACCAUAGGGCAAGUGGACACUUCUGAACAACUGUCUCAAAUGUCUGCUUCAUUCUCCAACUCUGAAGAUGCGAACCCAAAACCAGCAACCCCUGGUGCAGAACUUCUCGAAUCUCAAUAUUUCUCUCAUGACGAAGCACAAAGUUUAUAUAUGAGUGCUAUGAGCCAAGGUACAGCACAGAGUUUCAUGCCAGAUUUGCCAGGCGCCUGGGACUCGUUUGAUGGCGGACAGCUGAAAAAUAGCUCUAUGCAUCACUCGGAGUCCAAAAUAAACGAUGACAUUGAGUCUAGCCAAGAUACUCAGGAUGAGACGAUGGCAUCAACACCGAAAUUGACUGUUCCAUCGGAUUCUUACUUCGGUGAACAGCGGUCCGCUGAAGACCAGACACGAUCACAAUCUAGACUGCCUGACAGAUAUUCCACGGCCUCUUCACCUUUAUUACACAGGCCAAGUGAGAUGAAGAAGCCCAUUCUCUGCAUUGACAUAAUUCAUCUUUGGUUACCAUCCGCUGCGAGCGAAGAAGAAGCAGGCGAUCAUACACCAACGCGGACAUCUUUUGAUAGCACAGAAGGCGAUUCAGCGGAUCUUGCAUAUGGUGUGGAAGAGAGCAUGUUUGCUUCUAAGACAUACGCGUCGACUAGGUUUCAAAGAGGUUCGCUCGAGUCUCGCACAUCUGCUGAGGCAGAUCGCCCAGAAGCUGCACAGACGGACACCGUUGGCCAACUUGAAGUUGAAGUCUUUUCAAUCACCACUCACUUUGACAUGGCUACUGGCUGGCUUUUGAUCAAGGCGGGCCAGAGGAUAUCGCAUAUGGUUGAUGUAGCAGAGAAAGAUCAACGCCAAGAACCACCUGCAGCCGACCAAUCCUCUUCGCAGUUGCCCUUGAGUUUGACAGUCCACAACAUUUCCAUCAAGUUUGUUGAGCAUGUACCAGGACACCAUUACUCAACUAACGAUGACAUUUCUUCUCUUCCACAACCAUACACUAAUAUGGAAGAGAUAGUUCUCCAAAUGACCGCAUCUGGGUUGAAAGCAAACCUGUCGGCGGAUGAUAAACGAACAAAGUUCCAUCUUGGCAUCUCUAAAUUCAGCUUUGGAUUUGCUUCUGAUGAUCUGGUAUCAUUUAAUGAGUCUCUGAAGAUGCGCGAAUCUACCAGAGAUCUCACAACGCCAUCUCAAGGCGAUAUCUCUUUCUCGAUGGUGAAGAUGGCAGACUCUGUGAAAGUUGACAUAUCUACCCUCCCCAUUUAUCUCAAUCUGAACGUCCAACGCUUAGAAGAAGUGCUGAGCUGGAUGGGUGGAUUGAGCACCAUUAUUGAACUGGGAAGCUCUAUAUCGUCAACCUCCACGAUGAAAGGGGGUCACAAACCCCAGAAAAAACGCGCGCGUGGUGUUCAUUUCGAGACGCCAAGCCAAUUUCCCGAUAAAGAAAAGCUGUCAUCCGCCCUGAUGAAGAUUAAUGCGCGACUUGGCGGGGUUGUACUAGAUGUAACCGGUGAAACGCAUUAUCUAAAUCUCAGCACAACUGCGGUAAAGAUUGUUAGUAGAUUUGAGGGAAUUGGUGCACAAAUUGACAAGGCGCAACUGACUGGGCCACUUCCUCUUGAUGACUUCUCUGAUUCCCCGGCCAAGGUGACUCUGAGCAACAUUCGGGUCGAGUUCCUCUUUGAACCCAAGGAAGUUGAUCUCGAUCGUCUUUUGACCAUUAUCACUCCAUCUCAAGAUAAGUAUGACGAUGAAGAUGAUAUCAUGGUGGAUACGCUCCUGCGGCAAAGGCGACAAGGCUCUGUCCUUCGCACAACAAUAGGUGGAAUGAAGACGAGCGUUUCUAGCAUCGAUGGCUUGGCCCCUCUGUCAUCCCUUGUGUCAGAGCUUGGUCGACUAUCCACAGUCACGAAGUAUCUACCAGAGGACGAUCGGCCGGGAAUUUUGACCCUGUCUCUGGUCCGCGAAUUUGACUUCAAAGUCCAUGUAGGCGGAGAUGUCGGAUACGUCAAUGCUCAUCUUGCCAACCUUGAGGCCGCCUGGAUAAGCAUGCCGUCUCUGAUUGCUACUCAGGUUGGUGCAAUAAAGCUUAUCCGGAAUGACAACGAAGAACUCGUGGGCGACGCACUCCUACCUAGCAAAAAUCAAAGUCCAAUCCAGCCACGACACCCUGUUCUCAUGGCACGAUUCAUCCCAGACGAAAUGGAUCCCACCAUCAAAAUCAAGUUGCAUCAUCUUCGCGUGGAGUAUACAAUUCCCUCGAUCAUGGCAUUCCUUGGACUCGGUCGCGAGAUUACUGGUGGAGACUUCGCCAGUGAGAUGGCGAAGUCAAUCGCCAAUCUUGCUGAGCAGUCUACACGAUCAACAAUGAUUCCAAGUCUUUCACCACCACAGUCAAGUACACCUCAAACGUCCGCCAAAACAACGAAUCUUGCCGUGGUUUUUAGAGACUGCGUUCUUGGGCUGAAUCCGCGCAAUUCUCCAUCCAAGGGACUUGUCAUUCUCUCAAACUCGAAAUUUAGUGGCACGAUGCAUAGCCAAGAGUCGACGGACGCCUUGUUUGAUAUAAGGAAAGCGUCCGUUAUGAUAAUCGAUGAUGUGUCCAAUGCCGGCCAGACGGAUAAUCUCCACCAACGUCGAUCGGCCGCCAUCCAGAGCAAUCAGGUCCAGGCCUAUAUCGACCAAGGCUACGUUCCAGUGACGACCAUAUCCUCAGCGACGGCUGUCGUGAAAGUAAUGCAACUUGCAGCAGAUGGAGCAAAGUCGCUAGAUGUUGAGCUGAGAGAUGAUCUGUUGAUACUUGAAACAUGUGCAGAUUCCACGCAAACUCUCAUCGCUAUUCUCAACGGGCUUCAGCCUCCCACGCCACCGAGCGUUACCGCAAAGUACAGAACGGAGGUCAUGCCACUCCAAGAUAUGCUGGCCUCGUUUACAGGAGACGCGUUUUCGGCUGACGAUAGCUUGCCAGCCGACCAUGGCGAGACAGAAGCUAAUCUUCAUGAAGGUGACUUAGAGAGCCAACUAAGUGAUGAACUUGAAUAUGUCAGUGAUUUCUAUCCUGGCAGGCAGAAGGGGACUGGGAGUCCUGGAGCGUUCGAUGCAAAUGAACUUCUAGACAGCUUCCAUUCUCAGUAUCAAAUUUCGUCCAGCAUAACGGAAUUGGACUUCAAGGAGGACCAUUUUGCCAAGCAAUCUGCCGUUGGCGGGACCGCUCAUCGAUGGGACUCAACUCACAACACAUACGGUCUUUCUAAUGACCAGAAAUUACAGCGCAGUCCUCUCCGUGUGAGAGUUCGAGAUAUGCAUGUCAUCUGGAAUCUUUUUGAUGGCUAUGACUGGCAACGAACCCGAGACACCAUUUCCAAGGCAGUGAAGGACGUAGAGACCAAGGCAACCGAGCGAAGAGCACGAGCUUCCCGAAUGUCCCCAGAUGCCGACGAUGAAGAAGAAUCAGUCAUUGGCGACUUCCUCUUCAACUCGAUCUAUAUUGGAAUUCCCGCGAACAAGGACCCGCGAGAGCUUCAUCGUGAGAUUAAUCGGGAUAUCAAUGAUCUUGCCAGUGAAACCGGAAGUUACGCAACAACCACUACGGUGACUGCAGCUACCAGCCGCCAGGGUCGGCCCACAUCAGAGAGAGAGAAGAAGCUACGUCUAAACCGGAGCAAACAACACAAGAUGACGUUCGAGCUAAAGGGUGUUUGUGCUGAUUUGGUAGUGUUCCCACCCGGCUCUGGGGAGACACAAAGCUCUUUGGAUGUGCGGGUACGGGAUCUGGAAAUAUUUGACCAUGUACCGACCUCGACGUGGAAGAAGUUCGCGACCUACAUGCACGAGGCGGGAGAGAGAGAAAGUGGGACUAGCAUGGUUCAUCUAGAAAUACUGACCGUGAAGCCCGUUCCAGAACUUGCAGCGUCUGAGAUCGUUCUCAAGGCUACUGUUCUGCCGAUCCGUUUGAUUGUCGACCAAGAUGCUUUGGAGUUUAUGAGCCGAUUCUUCGAAUUUAGAGAUGAGUCUGUCGAACCUUCCAGCACUCCAGGGGACAUACCAUUUUUGCAACGGGUGGAAAUCAAUGCUAUUCAAGUCAAGCUGGAUUUCAAGCCCAAGAGGGUAGACUACGCUGGACUCCGAUCGGGUCGCACGACUGAGUUCAUGAACUUUUUCGUACUCGAUGGUGCCGACAUGGUUCUACGACAUGUCAUCAUUUACGGCGUGUCCGGUUUCGACCGUCUUGGUAUUACGCUCAAUGACAUUUGGAUGCCAGAUGUCAAACGGAACCAGCUACCCGGUGUGCUCGCCGGCCUCGCGCCCAUUCGCUCUUUGGUCAACGUGGGCGGCGGUGUAAAGGAUCUUGUUGUCGUUCCGAUGCGCGAAUAUCGAAAGGACGGACGCAUCGUGCGCAGUAUCCAGAAGGGAGCACUAGCAUUCGCCAAAACCACCUCUAACGAGUUGGUGAAGCUAGGUGCCAAACUUGCCAUCGGCACCCAGACCGUCCUACAGGGUGCGGAAGACCUGCUGACAUCUCCCACUACCCCCGCCCCGACUGACGAAGAGGGAGAAGACGAAGAAGAGGCCAAGAAGAUUUCUCUCUACGCCGACCAACCGAUCGGCGUAGUCCAGGGUCUACGAGGUGCUUUCCGUGGUCUAGAACGUGAUCUUCUCCUGGCCCGUGAUGCCAUCGUCGCCGUGCCCGGAGAGGUAGUCGAGAGCGGCAGUGCCAAGGCAGCCGCCAAGGCCGUCUGGAGGCGUGCACCGACGGUCAUUCUUCGACCUGCGAUCGGUGUCUCCAAAGCAGUGGGACAGACACUUCUUGGUGCAGGCAAUACAUUGGACCCAAGCAACAGACGCAGAAUGGAAGAUAAAUAUAAACGUCACUGA